AUGAAACUUUUAAGGGAUUUACUUGUAGAUAGAAAAGAGUUUGAGGAUUGGAAAAACAACUUAACAUGGGCUCGGGAUGGUACUCUGUACUUGACAACGUUUCCAGAUAUUAGUAUAGGCCAGCCAAAGUAUACUAGAGACGUUAAUAACAACAGUAAGAAUCUUUUCCAUGUCAAGGAACACCCCUUAGAAUUUGAUAAUAAACUGGAUUUCGAGCUGGCCCAACAGAAUGGGUUGUUAAAUUCACAGCCGGUUUGUUACCCUAGAGUCUGUAAGCCAUCACCAAUAGACAAUUGGAUGGCUGUAUUAAACAAUAACGGUAAUGUUUCAGUAUUCAAGGAAAAUACAAUCCUGGCUAAUCUCGAUUCAAAAGGAGAUUUGAGCAGCAGAAUAUACCAUUGCUUUGAAUGGAAUCCUAUUAAAUCAUCAAUUGUAGUUGGUAACGAAGACGGUGAGCUUCAAUUUUUUGCUAUUCGCAACAAUCCAGAAAACACACCAGAAUUCAUUUUUGAAAGUAGUGUUCAAUUAAGUGAUGCUGGCUCGAAAGACUGGGUCACUCAUUUAGCAUGGUAUGAUGACGUUCUCGUAGCGGCGCUUUCAAACAAUUCUGUAUUUUCAAUCACUUUUUCUGCUUUCUCUCAUGAACCUGUUUCCAGGGUAUUACAAGAUGCUUCAAGAAGGAAAAUUACCGAUUUAAAGAUAGUAGACAACAAAGUGGUUGUAACUUCUCCAGGAUAUGUGCAUAAAAUAAAUUUGAGUGAUUAUUCUAUUUCCAGCUUGAAAACAGGAUCUCCUGAAAGUUUUCAUAUAAUACCACUAAGACAUGAACAAGAAAGUAUGGUAUUAUUGAUUUCCAAUAAAACUAGUUUCAAAGUUCUUUUGGGGGAAGAACUUCAGGUGACGGUAGAUAAUGUUAUCGCGCCUUACUUGGAGAAGAAAUUCAAAAAGUGGGGUACACUCUGGAACGAAUUCAAUAAUUAUGAAACAUCUAUUGUCAUCCAUGGCGUAUCACUCUCUCCAGAUGGAUAUUCGGUAGCCAUAGUAUACAACAUGGAACGGGUGGCGUUCAAAUAUAAAAUAGCCUCAGAACAAUCAUUUUACAUAAUGUUCGCUCCGUUAUAUCAAUCCUGGAAAAUAUCUGAACAUGCUCACGGACUAGCGUGGUACCAGACAUAUCAUAUCUACAGCAAAACGAUGCCCGAACUACCAGAAGAUUUCAGUAAAAGUAAGAAACUACUAAAUGGCCACUACCCUAUCAAUUUAGAUUUCAAAUCAUAUAUUAAUGCUUUGAUAAAAAGUGAGGAGAUGAGAAUAAUAAUGUUCUUGAAUAUGACAACUGACAACCCGUCAAUCUCAUCUUUUUUGGAAGCAUUGUAUGAAUACGCUAUGAACAAAAAAUCCGAACUAGUAAAUGAUUUUGAUCUAGCCUGCGUUUUAUCCAUUGCAAAAGUACUGAACAGAGAAGCACCAAUUGCUAACGGCAAGCUACAAGUGAAAAGCAAUCUUUUAGAGGAAACAUUCAAUUUGGAAAGCUUCUCAAGUGACCCUGAGACUGUAACGUCUGCAGCGAAUAAUACGUGGAGAAGAUGUGGUGUCACUCUUCUUCCAAUACUUACUACGCAUGUAAAUGUAUGUCCCGUGAGUAAAAAACGAGUACUAGAUAUAAAGCGUGACCACUUUAAUAAUUAUGGUUGGUUUACAAGAGGUCUAUUAGAGGAAUUUAAUGAAAAAAGCAUAUACUGCGGAACAACACUAGAAACGAUAUAG